UCACCUAGGAGUAUUGAGGGGCGGGUCUGAGGUGGAGAUCCGGAUCCGGAGCGGCUGAAAGGCGGAAGUGGAGGCCGGAGCCUGGGACACCGCCGGGGGGAGAGGAGCGGAGCCUGUCCGAGCCCCGGCCCCAAGUAACGCCGCCGCCCCGGAGCCUCCUUGGAGGUCCCCCGUCCUCACUAAGUGCCUCUUCGCGCAGCACCGGCCCCCGCCCCACGCUCACUGGUACCACUACAGCAGGACGGGCCAUGGCGGGUCGGGGAGGUGCAGCGCGACCCAACGGACCAGCCGCUGGGAACAAGAUCUGUCAGUUUAAGCUGGUCCUGCUCGGGGAGUCUGCAGUGGGCAAAUCCAGCCUCGUGCUCCGCUUUGUCAAGGGACAGUUCCAUGAGUACCAGGAGAGCACCAUUGGAGCGGCCUUCCUCACACAGACGGUCUGUUUGGACGACACAACAGUCAAAUUUGAGAUCUGGGACACAGCUGGACAGGAGCGGUAUCACAGCCUGGCCCCCAUGUACUAUCGGGGGGCCCAAGCUGCCAUCGUGGUCUAUGACAUCACCAACACAGAUACAUUUGCACGGGCCAAGAACUGGGUGAAGGAGCUACAGAGGCAGGCUAGCCCCAACAUCGUCAUCGCACUUGCAGGGAACAAGGCGGACCUGGCCAGCAAGAGAGCCGUGGAGUUCCAGGAAGCACAAGCCUAUGCGGAAGACAACAGUCUGCUGUUCAUGGAGACAUCAGCAAAGACUGCGAUGAACGUGAAUGAAAUUUUCAUGGCAAUAGCUAAGAAGCUUCCCAAGAACGAGCCCCAGAAUGCAGCUGGUGCUCCAGGCCGGAACCGAGGCGUGGACCUCCAGGAGAACAACCCAGCCAGCCGGAGCCAGUGCUGCAGCAACUGAGCCCCCCUUGCCUGCCCGCUGCCCCCACCUCCUCCGCCUGACCGACCCGACUGGAAUCCACUCUAACCAAUCGCACUUAACGACUCGGGCUACCACUGGGGGGGCAGGGGGAGGGGUCCGCCAUGAUUUCUCCAUAGAAUUUUGAUCAUAGGCCGGAGUGAGUUAUUCCACCUGCACCUUUCUGUACAAAUACUAAUUCAAUUUUAAGUCUUAA